UAUUUGUUAAAAGAUAAUUUGCCAAUAGACAUGUUAAAAAAUAAUUUGUCAUUGGGCAAAUUAGAAAAUAAUUUGCCAAUAGAUACAAGCAUUGUUGAAUCUGGUUGUCCCUUUACAACAUUUGCUGAAGCUCAUGCAACAAUUGAAAAAUAUGCAAUGCAAACAAAUUCAGUCAUAAUCUUAGGAAAAACUACAAAAAACUCUGAUAAUAGUUAUAGACAGGCAUUGUUUGUAUGUGAAAAACAAGGAAAAUAUGGUGGAAAAAAUGAAGAAUUUAUUACCAAGCGUACUGGAUGCCCAUUUGCAAUUGGAUUAAAUUACCACAAGCAUACUAAUGAAUAUGUUAUAACGAAGUCAUGUCUGGAGCACAAUUAUGAUAUUUGCUUGAGUGCUACAAAGUUUAGUACUGUUAUUCGUAAACUUGAUGAUGAUGAUCUAGGUUUGGUAGAAAAACUCUAUGACAAUG